AUGAGUGGCUCCUUUGACAAGAAGAUCACCAGCAUCCUGACCGACCUCUCCAGCUCCCUGAGCUGCUCCAAGGAUUCCCCCACCUUGCCCGAGUCCUCGGUCACCGACCUGGGCUACUACAGCGCCCCCCACAGCCAGCAUGACUACUACCCCAGCCAGCCCUACAGCCAGCCCGUCAACCACUACUCCUACCACCACCAGUUCAGCCUCAACGGGCUCGCGGGGGCUGGGACUUACCCCCCCAAGGCCGACUACCCCUACAGCCCCUCCUACAGACAGUAUGGGCAUUUCAGGGAGCAGCAGUUGCCGGCCCAGGAAGCAGUCUCAGUGAAGGAAGAACCGGAAUCAGAGGUGAGGAUGGUCAACGGGAAACCCAAAAAGAUCCGAAAGCCCAGAACCAUUUACUCCAGCUACCAGCUGGCAGCUCUGCAGAGGAGGUUUCAAAAAGCCCAGUACCUGGCUCUGCCCGAGAGAGCCGAGCUGGCUGCUCAGUUGGGGCUGACUCAGACGCAGGUGAAAAUCUGGUUCCAGAACCGGAGAUCCAAGUUCAAGAAACUCUACAAAAAUGGGGAAGUGCCCUCAGAACACAGCCCCAAUAACAGCGACUCCAUGGCCUGCAAUUCUCCGCCUUCCCCUGCCCUCUGGGACAGUAACUCUCACAGCAACCCUUCCAGCAGGAACCAGCUCCCCCAGCAGCUCCCCUACAGCUCUUCCCCAAGCUACCUGGAGGAGCAGCACAACCCCUGGUACCACCACCAGAAUCUCAGCGGACCUCACUUACCGCAUCAGGCUUUGCCCACUAACACCAUGCAUCAUACAUCUUCCGGGCCUCCCAAUCCGGGGGCAGUGUACUAACCUCCAGCUUCCUCGGACCAGGGGAGCAAGAGGAAAUCAUCACCGCCGUGGCCAGACCCUUCUUAAACCGUGGGUUUGUUUCCAGGACAAAGGCAGACACACACAAACAUUCCAGCCCGUCUCAGGACCAGCAGAGCUGCAAAGGGUUAAAAGGAUCAGAGGACAACCCACAAGCCAGGCAGGAGUGGCAGCGGGUGGGGGGCAGGCUUGGGGAAGAGGUUUUGGAUUUUUAUUUCUCGGGAAAGCUUCAGCAUUGCCAAUUCCUUUUCACCCCACCCUGACUUUCCACAGGGUCCCCGGCCCCCCUGCACCACCAUCCCACCCACCACUGCCAGGCACAGUGAAUGGGAAGAUUCUUCCAUCUGGAACUCUCUGCCAGAAACUCACCUCUCGUCUGGACAAAGGCCAAGAGACACGACUCAUCUCCAAGCGUCCAAGAACAGCACAACUGGUUUUUUUACCUUCCUGGGCGAGCUGUUUGUGGGGUGUCUCCUUGAGGACUCUGGAAGAACAUCUCAGCUGGCAGGACUUCAAAAAAACCACUUGGCUUUAUCCACAUCAAGGUUGGAUUUUUCUACAUGCCCAGAUGAUAGA